CUCUCUCUACAAUGGCUCGGUCCACCAAUGCGGUUCUUGUUCUGAUGGCUGCUCUUUUGGUGGCCUCAACAAGGGCACAAUCCCCUACAUCUUCACCAACCAAGUCACCUGCAGCUUCUCCAUCGAGCACCACAACAUCAGCUGCUCCUUCUCCAUCGAGCCCUCCACCUAAGGCUGCGUCUUCUCCUUCUCCAUCGAGCACUCCACCUAAGGCUGCCGCUCCCUCUCCAUCCACCACUUCACCGGCUGCUAGUGAGCCCACUGCCGACUCCCCGCCUUCUCCUCCCUCAUCUUCCUCUGUCAUUUCUCCGGAGAUUUCUCCCUCUUCACGAGAGGCUCCCGCACCCGGCCCUAGCAGUGCCUCUUUGAAUAGGUUUGCAGUCACCGGAUCUGUAGCAGCUGGGGUUUUCGCUGCUGUCUUGGUUAUGUAGAGCACAAUCAAACUAUAACUCUGUUAUGGUGGCCUAUGGAUUUUCAAGACAAGUCAUUAUUACUUUACGUGAUAUUUGUUGUUUGUUAUAUUCAAAUUUAUACAAAUUAAAU